UCAUUGUAAAACAGAUGAAAAUCGAUUUAUUUUAUAAUACUUUAUUAUAAACUUGACAAAUUUGUGUGUGCACUUGGAUACACCUGUUAUUUUGUUAUGACAGUGAAAAAAAAAUAUAUAAAUAUAUCAUAAUUAGGCAUUGCGUUUCGAUUCUCGAGUUGAUUUGGAAUUUCGAUGUUUCCAUAACAACUUGUAGUAAAAAAAACAGACAACAAAAAGCUUCCACAUGCACACACACACACACAAACACAUGUCAAAUUGAAAAUGUAAACAAACGUGUGUGGUACGUUUGAACUGUCAUUUACUCAAUUAAUAAUGGAUUUACUUGAAGCCAUUAAUUGGCAUCCAUCUUUAAAUGAUGUUAUUGAUGAUAAAUUUAUUGAUGAUGAGAGGUUAGAAAGACAUAGUGCAAUGCAUCGUACACUCCGAGGAAAUUUUUAUGAUCCACAUGCUGAUAUUGAAUAUGAUUUUUUACAUCAUGUUACAGCUGAUGAUAUAGCUCAUAAAAAUACUGAGAUGAAAGAUAAUAAAAAAAAAAAUAAAUUGAUUAAAAAAGAAAAUAUAGAAGAUGUAAAAAUUGUUGAUGAUAAAUUUAGAAAUUAUGUACCUGGAAUUGUCAAGUUGGAUAUUCAAUUUCCAGAAAAAUCAGCAUUAACACAAGAACAACAUAUAUUUUGUCUUAAAAUUCUUGAUAAAAUAUCGAAAAAUCAAACGUUAGAUGUCAAAGAACAAACAUUUUAUUAUAGUCUUCAAGAAACAAUAAAAAAUGAAAAUAAUAAAUUUCUUGAAAUGGCAAAAACAAAUUGGAACUCAAAAAAUAUCAAAAUUAUUAAUGAAGAAUUGAUAAAUCUCAAAUGGAAAUUUAAAAUUGAUAAUAUUAAUAAAUUACCAAGAUAUUAUAAUGAAAUUGCAACAAUUCCAUUCAUUUCACAAAAUAUUAUUAGUAUUAAAUUUGAAAAUACUGCAUACAAAAUGGAAAAUGAAAAAGUUUUUUUUAAGCUGCCAAAUUUAAAAAAACAAUUUGCUCUUUUAAAUAAUACAACAAAAUUAAAGAAGCUAUAUUUCACAAAUUUAUCAUCAUCAAAUUCAUUGUACAAUGAUGAAAAUUGUAAAAAAAUUAUUGAAUCAAAUGACGUUGACAUUGUGAUAUCAACAUCUGGUUUAAAAUGUUUAGUUAAUAAUCUUCAUCAAGAUCAUAAAAAUAGCUGGAUGUUACCAGCACAAGUGAUCAAUAUAAAUAAUAAAAAUAUUGUAUUUAUUGAUAAAUCAUUGCCACCAACAUCUGCAAACGUUUUGGAAAAAAAUUCCUGGAUGUUUAAAUAUAUUGUUAAAUCAAAUCUUCGUGUUGAUGAACAUGAACCACUAUGUUUCUCAUAUUCAAAUCGUCCAUACACUGAUAUUGAUGCACCUGAAGAAAUUGAUGAAGUUAAAGAUGAAAAAAUUGAUAAAUCAAAAUAUCAAAAUAAUUAUUCAUAUAAUAUUUAUAAAAUUGGAGCUUGUGGAUUAAAUAAAAAUGAAUUGAUGAAAAAUAAAGUUGAAAAAGAUUAUAAAAUAUUAGUUAGAACAAAAAGUGAUGAUGUCAAGACUGAUGAAGGAUGCAUCAAAGAUGUUACAGUUGUACCAAAAUUAGAGCAUCAAUUGGCUCUUGGUGCUGAAGCAGUAAGCCUAGAAGAAAUAUCAAAACAAUGGGCAUCAAUUGUAUUUAAACCCGAUGGAAAAUUAGUCCGAGUGAGAAUUAAUUCAACAAAUUCCCAUAUUAUUCAGUAUGAAUGGCAAUCAAUUUUAUCUUUGAAUAAAGACAUGCAAAGGCUUUAUAAAAUAACUGGAGAACCAGCACUGAAAAUAAUAUAUAAUGUUGCUUCAGAAAUGACAAAAAUGAAACCAGGAAAAUAUUUAUUAAGACAUACACCUAGAAGCGGAGCAUUUAUAAGUGUUUAUAGAGAAGCAGAAUCAUCUGGUAAAAACACACUGGAUAUACAGAGUUUAUUUGAUGAAUUUUGUACAAUACCACAAUCACUUUGGCCUCCAAUUGAUACCUGUUUAACAACACCAGCACUUGUUAGUUAUCAACGAAUGCCAGCAAUGUUUCAUCCAUUAAAAUUUGCCAAUAGAAAUAAUCAAAGUCCUAGAAAAAGAGGUAGACCUGUUGGAUCAACAAAAAUGAAAAAAAAAUUAAGUAACUAAUACAAUUAGAUUAAACAAAAUUUUCAAUUAAAAAUACGUUUAUUUAUUUUAUUUUUUAAUGAGUAAUUAACAACUUAAUAAUAUGAUAAUAUUAGAAUUUUUUAAAAUAAAGAAAUUGAUGAAAUUUGUAAUAAUUAUAUAUAUUAUUUUAUACGCUAGUUGAUUGACAUGAAAUAUUAAUUAAUGACGCAAUAAAAGUCGACAAUAUUUCGAUUAAAAAUUUACUCGCGUUACAAAUGCGACAUUCGAAAUAACAAGGACAUUUUCAAUGUCAAAUUAGACUAGAACAAUUUAUAAAUGUAAAAAUAUUCUAAUAAUAGAUUAUGGUAAAUGUUUUUUAUGAUCAUCAAUGA